AUGGCCUCAGCGGAGGUGAUACGGAUUAGCGAGUGCAAGGCGGCAGUCGUUGCUAGGCUGCGGAAUCUCGAUGCCGCGGAAUGGGGAAUGCUGUGGGAGAACGCGGCGGCGGCGGACGAGGAGGAGGAAGAGCAAUUGGAGCAUGUCCCGCACAGCGCGCCGUUUUCUCUGUCAAGCCCAAUGACAGGGGCUGCGGGGGCGAUCAGCGCGAGGCGCAGCUGGGCGUGGCGCGAGAAGAUGAGGUCGUUCGGCCGGCAAUUUUUGCCGCGGCGUGGCAGCUGCGACGACCUGAACGUCGCGAUUGCGACGGCUUCUGUAACGCCGGCGAAGCGAGCGAAAUCGUUUCCAGAGUCAAAGGAGCGCGGCAUCGAGAAGGGCCCGAGGGCCGGGCGGUCGCGGCGCGCGGACAGCCGGGGCGUGUGGCGGAGCGUGUACGAGCCGAGGUGGCUGGAAGAGGGGCUGGCGCAAACCUCUGGGGACGAUGAGCGGCGCCCUCACGGCGCGAUUCGCGGCGAGAUGGGAUGGCGGGACGACACGGCGCAGCGCGCGGCGGAUGCAGGGGCUGCCGCGGGCAGGGAGGGCUGUGCGCGCUACCAGCUGCUGCGACACAAUUCUCUUCCCUGUUCGUGCUCGUCGCAGAAGGUUUCGCCGAGCCUACCGCGACGCGCGUCGGCGAUGCAUGGCGAUAGCAGUGCUGAGCGUCCUGCCCGUUCCUUCGCAGGAGCGAAGGAGCAAUUGCCGUCGUCGUCGUCAUCGUCGCAGCACAGGCGCACCCCGUCUUUGCUCGUCAUCCCCCCGUUCCUCCCCUCCUGCCUCCCCUCGCCCUCGCCCGUUUCCGCUCCCUGCCGCACUGCGCCGUCCACGCCGCCUCCCCCCACCCCCGUGCUCCGCGGUGACUCCGCCUCCCCGUCGGAAUGCAGCCCCACCGACGGCUGCAGAAACGGCGACUAUUCACCUGCCGCUUCCGCUGAGAGCAGCGGCGGGAGGCAGAGCAGCGGGGCAAAGCGCGCGGAUGGGCGCAUGUCGCGAAGAAGCCCCGCGGAAGGGUGGACUCUUUCGAGCGGCACGGCAACAGAGGGCGGUCAAGCGGGCGCGAAAUGGCGAUCCGGUGAAAGGGGAUGGCGGCAAAACAUUAUGAAUGCGCUGAGUAGCCCGAGGAAGCACGCGAAGGACGCCACUCACCGCACUUCCCACUCCAGCCUACCGCUUCGAGCAUCGAUUAUGGCGACGCCGCGACUCACGGCGAGGCCGCCGUCUCCGUUCGUCCCGGCGGGCAAGAGUGGCUUGUGCUGCAAGUGCCACGUGGCGCGCGUGUACGCGUUGAUGGUCUUCGUCAGCCUCCUCGCGCUGCUCCUCUUCCUCUUCGUGCCCUGGGCCGCGUCGCACGGCGCCAUCCGUGCGACUGCUGGCGACGCUGUCGCCGUCGCAGAAGCAGGAACGGGGGGUCGUGUGCGAGGGAGGGGCAGGGGUCCGCAGCUCGAGCGCGGGGAAUCGUUGCAUUUUGGGGGAAAUGCGGGGAGUGCGGAGAGCGCAAUGCGCAUGGGCGGAGAGCAGGCGGACGUGAUUCAGGAAAAGGCAGUGACCAUGGCGGACGUUGCUGACGCUGUAGCCAGUAGCGAGGCUGCUUUCAAGGGAGAUGAAGCAUUGGCGGGGAGAACAGGGGCGGCGGAGGAGAUGGAAGAGGGGGCGGAGAGGGGAACCGAUGGGGGAGAGGCGGAGGAAAAGGGGGAAGGAGGGCAGGGAGGGGAGGGCGGGGAAGGAGAGGAGGGAGGAGGAGGGGAAGGAGAGGUGCCGAUGCCGCUGCGGCACACACCCUUCCAUCUCUUCUUGUCACCAGCCCCCUUGCCGCCCCAUGCCAGCACCACUGUGAGCGCCCACCAUACCCACCUCCUCCCUUUCCUCCACGCCCACCCUCCCCCCACACGCUGCCUUCCAUCUCCCCCUUCUCUCCCCACGCCCCGUCAACAGCAACGGUGGCGCUUUGCGGACCGGCUACAGGUGCAGCUGCGGCACGGCAUGCCGGCGGACUGGCAGUUCAACGGCAACUCGCUGCGCCCGCGGGCGCACGGCGACGUGGUGGGGCUCAUGGUGCAGGACGACGGGUGGAUGGAGGGCGGCCAGGGGGAGGGCGGAGAGGGAGGCGGAGGGGGUGGAGAGGGGUCGGUGCAGGUGCCGCAGUUUGUGGAGGGGUUUGGGGUGCACAUAGAGCAGUACGCGGCGGAGUACUGGCUCACGCUCUCCCUGCUCGCCGGCGGGCUGCCCUCCCUGCAGCGCGUGCGGCGGGCUGAAGACGCCCACAUCAUCUUUGUGCCCGCCUUCUCCUCCGCCUUCUACGCCACUCAGAUGAAGACCAAUGAGAGGCGGCGGCGGGCGGGCGACACCAGGAUACCGGAGGAGCAGCACUUGCUGGCAGCCGUCACACAGCACGCGCUGUGGGGAGACAGGGGCGGGCAGGGAGGAGGGGCCAGCCAGGGGGCAAAGGGGCAGCAGGGGGAGGGCGAGCUGCUGGAGAAGGUGCAGGUGGCGGCUGGGGAGGGCUCACCUGGUGGUGGUGGUGGUGGUGGUGACGAGGAGGCGGGCGGCAGCAGCAGACGACGACUGCUGCGGGUGCUGAAAGGGGGACGGAAGGGGAAGGAAGCGGAGGCGGGCGAGCAGGCGCAGAACGCACCAGUGGAGGAUCAGCAGGGACCCGAUGGUGGGGCUGGAGGGGCUGAGAGGGCCGAUGCAGCAGAGAGGUCGCAGAGCGAGGGAGCCAAAAGGGGCCUUGUGUUUCGGCGGCGAGAUUUCCUCAUUCCAGCGGUGCACCCCCAUGCUCUGUCCACGGUGCGGCAUGAGGUGGCAGCAGCGCACAUGCUGAUGGUGGACUUGAGCCAGCCAGCAGAGCAGGUGGCGCAUCUAGACAAGGACGUGCUGGUGCCCUACUCCGCCCUCAUCCCGCCCUUCCUCAAUGACUCACUGCCGGGGGAGACAGAGGGCGGGCAUGGCAGUGCGGGAGGGGCGCAGGCUGUGGCGGCGUGGGGGGCUGCACGGCCCACUUUGAUAUUCUUCAGAGGCACGCUAAACCGGCAACAGGGAGGGGCCAUGCGGGUGCAGCUGGCGCGGCUGCUGGCGAACGUGAGUGGGGCGGACAUAGCAGAGGGGUCGCCACUGCAGGGGGGGGUGCAGGCGGCCACAGCAGGCAUGCGCGCCUCCAAGUUCUGCCUUGUGCCUGAAGGCGACACGGCAUCGUCAUGCCGGCUGUUUGACGCCAUUCUAUCGCACUGCAUCCCGCUGGUCAUCUCCGACUCGCUCGACCUGCCAUUCGAGGAGGCCCUCGACUACACCGCCUUCGCCCUCUUCCUCCCACAGGCCCUUGCCCUCCGCCCCGGAUACGUCGAGGCCUUCCUGCGAAACGUGUCGCACGAGUCAGCUUUCGCCAUGUGGCAGCGGCUCAGAGAGGUGGCACACCACUUUGUCUACUCCACGCCGCCCAAGCCCGGAGGGGCGGAGGACAUGAUCUGGCAGGCUGUAGCACGGCGGUGGGCAGGGGACCACUAUGGGAGGCGCUACAACCGGGAGAACCAGAGGAGGCGGAGGAGGGUGAUGGAGCAGCUGCUGGAGCGAGAAGGGCUCAGCGCUUCUGACAUUGUGGUCAGACCACGUGCCCUGCCACUCAUGUAA